AUUGUCAACAACAAGGCUCUUUAGAUGACUGGACAAAGGGCCAUUCAGCCGUCGGCCAAAACUGGUAUGUGGGCGCGUGUGCAACCAAAAGGGGACUGCAGGCUUUCCCCGUUUCCAUUCACCAGGGCAACCCUUGGGCCGGUUCCUUUUUGAGCCAUACCCAUUUCCUCUUUUUCUAGGUUUCUCUUAAGCACUCUUUGGGUUCAGCGAGUCGCGGCCUUCAGCCUGCCGCAGGGGCCAUGGCUGAUGCUGAGCCCAAGGAGAGCCCCCGGAAUCGGCGAAUCGGAUCCGGUCCGCGGCUGAUCUUCGCGGAUUUCCGGCGGCGGAAGUUUCCACGGACUCGAUGCUGCCAACGCAGAAAUCCGAUGCGACCCUGGAAACCACGGAUAUGAAGGGGAUCUUGCCAACAAAUUGGAAUGUGGGCUUUUAGACAUGCUCUCUUUGUGCAUGGGAUCCAUUUCACCACCAUUGCUUAGCCCUUGCGCGUGCGUGUAGGCAAGACGUUUGAUGAGGGCUGCUUCCAUGCUUAGUCCUUCGGCCAACACCCGCAGAAGCCAAUGCAGAAUAAACCUACUUUCAAGGUCUCCACCAGCCUUGUGAAUAAGCUUGCAACUGACUCUCCUCUGUCCAAGGUGGUUGUUUUCAAAGCGCGUGUGGCUUAUGGUGAGAUCUACUUCCAAGUUAAGUUUUCCUCGGCGGCUGCGGCGGCUGGCCUUUGAAGAUGGUCCGCUUCGGCACUCUCUUGCGGGGCCGAGGGCGUCGGGGAGGCACGGCUUAGUGUUUGCACGUCAGGAGAACGCUACCGCGGCAGAAGUGACCGUCGCCGACGUGGGGAACGGCGCGGAAAAGGAGCCGGCAGAGGCCCCGGCCGAGGCACCGGCACCGCAGGCACCGGCGGCUGAGGCGCCAGCGGCCGAGGCACCGGCGGCGGAGGCAGCAGCGGCUGAGGCACCGGUCGCAGCGGCGGCCGAGGUACCGGCACAGGCGGCGCAGGUUGCCGAGGUCGCGGUGGAGAAGGAUGCUGCGGAGACGGAGCCUGGGGACAAGGAGGACGUGGUGGAGGUGGUGGACGAUGAGGCCGAUGAGAAGGGUGCGAAGCGCCAGAAGACCGACACGGCCGUGCCGACCAACGGGGAGGCCGCGGAGGGAGCGCCCGAGGAACGCACGUGGCUGGUAGUGCGGCAUUUGCCCGACUCUGCCUCUACUCUUGGGUGGUUCGACCGCUACUCCAACGUGGGACGGGUGAAGAACGUGCUCUUUAUCGGCCGGUCCGGGGAUCCGCGUUCAGCUGUGGUGGAGGCGGAGGCAGCAGCAGAUGCGGUGGCACUGGCCAAGGAGCUAGACAAUGCGGACAUCGAUGGGAGCAAGACCACUGCCAAAGUCAUCGAUGAGGAGGAGCGGCGCCGGCUUCUUCGGGAUCGCGUGCAGGACAAGGCCAUCAGCAGGAGCGCAGACCGGCGCGGCGGUGGCGACCGAGGCGACCGAGGCAGAUAUCCCGACCGCGGCGGCGGUGGCGGCGGUGGCGGCGGUGGUGGCGGCGGCGGCGGCAUGAGGCCUAGGGGCCCGCCCGAGCGCCGGGACUUCCGGCGCCGGCGGACCCGGAGCCGCAGCAUGCGGAACCGCAGGCCCGUCUUGACCUUGCGGGGCCGGGGGGCCCGCAGCGCCUCCCGGCGCCGCUACGGAGGUGGCGGUGGCGGCGGCGGUGGCGGCGGGCCCCGCGAUCGUGUGCGUGGGAGAUCUGCCCGCUAUGGCCGCCCGGGUGAUAGAGAUCGAGGCAUGGCGCGCCGCCCUGAACGGCGGGAGGACCGCGAUCGGAGAGAAGGCCGCGGCCAGGGGAAAGACGAAGGCCGCCGCAGAAGGCGCGGAGGCGCCUCCCGGCGCGCGCCGGACCGGCAGAGCAGGCGAAGAAGGGGCCGCCCAGACGAGCGGCGGCGCAGCGUGGAGGACCCGCGGCACGGACGGCGGCGCCGCCGCCGCGGCCGGCGCGACAGCCGAGAGCCGGAGGAGAGGGCGGAAGAGGGCGAGGAUCGCAAGCGUGCGCGUCAAGAAGCGCCCAAGAAGGAUGCCUCUGAAAGCGAGUGCUCGGAGAGCGAAAGCAGCUCGCCCAAGAGGCCAGAGACCAAGGCGCCGGCGCGGUCCACCACGGCGGAGCGGAAGAGCAAAAGGGAGGCGCUGGAGGCGAAGGUGGCCGAGACAAUGUCUGCAGCAGGCGAAGCCUUUGCAGAUGCAGAGGAAGCCAAGGAGCAUGCUGCCGCCAAGCGGGAUGAAGCCUCGGCUGCGGAGAAGGAGGCUGCCCAGAAGGCUGUGAAGGCAGAGAAGUUGAAGAAGGAGGUCGAGGUCAAAAAGCAAGAGCUCGUGGCCUUGAUGCGGGAAGCCGAGGAGACCCAGGAAGACGCCGAGCGGCUUCAGGGCGAGGCUGAGACAGCGGCUCAAGACGCGGCAGACGCCGAGGCCGCCGCCGGCGAGAAGGAAGAACUCGCAGCGGCCGCCAAAACCAAGGGGGACGAGCAUGCGGCAGCCCUCGCCGAGUUCGACAAGAAGUACGGCCUGGAGCCUGCGAAGGAGAAGGCCGAGGGCAAGGAAGCAGAGGAAGGCUCGGAGUCGUAUGACGAGAGCGAGGAGGAGGAAGAGGAGGUCGACAAUAGCGAGUCCGAGAACGAGGCCCCGGCGCCCGCCGCCCGAGAGGCGCCCGGGGCCGCGCCGGCCGCGGCGCCGCGCCGGGACCGCCCGCGAUCUGGUGACGCCAGAGAACGCAAUGACAGAGAUCGAGAGAGACGGGAUGGACGAGACGCCCGAGAAGGCCGGGACCGAGACCCCAGAGAGGGCGACCGUGAUCGAGACCGAGACGGGCGAGACGGCCGCGACGGCCGCGACGGCCGAGAUCGCGACAGACGUGAUGGCCGUGACGGCCGGGACGGCCGCGACCGUGACGCCGGCCGCGACGGCCGGGACGGCCGGGAUGGCCGUCCACGGGAUCGCCGGGACGAGCGGGAUGCCAGACAACCCCGGGGUGGUAGAGAUGGUCGAGAUGGGCGGGAUGGGUUCCGAGACACGAGGCCUGAGCGAGACAGAGCUAGGAGAUGAGCAGCUUCAUCACCCAGAAGUGGUGCAGUGUCUGGCCGAUGUGUUCCUUCAGUUUGUUCAACGCCAC